AGAGUGAACUGUACCGUAAUUGUUCCUAAACAUUACCUCAAACUUUUGAAAUACAGAUGUAGUGUGUUUUCGUGGGAUUUUAAUAUAUUAAUUAAUACAGUGUCAUUUAGCCUUCUCUGGAUCAUCCAACGUGACUGAUAAUGCAUAAAUGACUAAACAAGUGUCAAGUCAUGAAUCCCAUGGUAACACCAUGUGUAUAUUCAUUCCAUACAGUAAACAGCUUCAGUCCAUGGGCUUUGAUCUUGGUUUUGCUUACUUGUACUAGCCCUAACAUAGAUCAUUCUAAUGAAUGGAACAGGUCACAACAAUAAAUGUCUGUGUUCAUUUCAAGAUACUAUUCUAUAAUUUGCCCAUUGUGACCACAGAAAGACAGAAAGGUGCAUAUGAUCAGAAUGAUUAGCAACCCAGCAGAGAAAUCAACCAGAUGUUUAAAGACAAAGGGCAUAUAUAUUUGUCCACGAUGCAACAUUUUGUAUUGUUCACUGCCUUGCUACCAGUCAGAACUUCAUGUUAACUGUUCUGAGGCAUUUUAUCGAGACUGUGUGAUUGAAGAGGUGAAAUCUCGAGAAACAGAUUCUCAUUCUGGAAGAAAGAUGAAUGAAAUUUUGCAGAGAUUACAAGAAAAUGAAGAUAAUAGUGAUAUUGAUUCAGAUGAUGGUGACAGUAUACCAGACUUGCAUGAACGUUUGAGAAAUGUGGAUCUAGAUGAUGCUGAUUCGAUUUGGGAAAAACUGACACUGGCAGAAAGACAGGAAUUUGAAAAUCUCCUACAAAGUGGAGAUGCCAGUCAGCUUGUAGCUCUGUGGGAACCAUGGUGGCUUUACAGGAAACAGAAGAUUCUGGUUCAGGAUUUGAAGAUGGAACAAGAUACUUUACAUCCUGCUUAUGAAGCAAAUUGCCCAACAGUAAAUAAGAAUGUGCCUCCUUUUUUUAAAAUUUCGAAAACUCCUCCAGCACCCUGUGUGAAGUACAACAUUCUGAAUGUGUUAGGUGCUUACUGUUACACAGUGCGGUUCUUAAACGGUGAACAUCAUAAUAUGCCUGCAGAAGCUUGCAGCAUUCUUGUGAACCUCUCUGCAAACCUCAGCCUCAACCACACCUAUAACUCGGCUGUGAUAGCGGUUGAAGCUGUGGCACAUGAAGCAAUUAAUUGUACAUGGAUGGGGGCAUCACAUCAUUGUGUCAUCUGCAUGAAGAAUGAUAUUGAGUGUAUUUUGGCUGGACCAGAAGACAGCAACUACAGUUUCUAUUUACAGGCAUCUCUUUCAGAUAUUUACCAAUUACUGUCAGAAGCCAGACAUUCUAAAAACACAGAUCCUAAUGGUGUAAAGAAGAGCGGAGAAUUUACCAAGAGAUUUAGUGACAAUUUGUCAACUUCACUUGUUCAGAAAGACAAAUUACGGCUCAUCAUUAAAAAACUGGAAUACUACCUGUCAUGGUCUCAAGAUCAUGCUAGUGAAAUCUGUUGUCAAAAACUUCAAGUGGAAUUGAAUUUCUAAGAGGAUGUCUUUUGCAACUGCAAAUAUUAUAUCAAAGAAGACUAACAGUAAUAGUAUUUAUACUUUAUAAAAUGGUCUUAUGAUUCUGAGUGUAAUUUUCCAGUAGCUGAAAUGGAAAGUGUGUGUAUGCUUAGUGGUUUAUUUUACAACAUUGUCAGUAUCUAAGAAAGUAUAGCAUCGAAUGUUGAAUAAUUAUGAAAAUUGCAGUCAGGAUAUCAGGUGUUACUGCCUUACUGACCUGCCUACUUUCAUUUUUUAUGGUGAGUUAUUUAACAAAAAUUGCAGUACUGAGACUCUAUAACAUCUUAUGGUAGGAUGAUAGAUGAAUGAUAAAUUGGAAGUGGCCAUAGUCUGAUUGAGGUUCAAUCCUACUACUUGUCUGCAAGCAUUGAGCAAAACUGCUAAAAGCCUUAGUUAGGCUAGCCAGUCUUCUCUGAGCACCUAGUAGAUACAAGUCUAGAGCAUUACCCCUAGGCCAACCUCUUCUGUGCUUGGAUUCAUAUACAAUAUACUGCUGACUGUCUGCACUAAUAAGAGGGAAAAGACGCAUGGAUAAUUGAAAACACAAAUUUUUCAGGUUUGCGUGUGACUUGGAGACUGGCGACUGCUGAAUAUAGAAAUUCAGAGAUGUAUGCACAGCAUGUGAUUUGUUCAGUUAUCUCAAAAGAUAUACAACUUAUG